UGUUGUUGUUGUUGUUUAGCUGAGUCAAGCUAACCGGGCGGAAGCUGAGCUCCGCAGCUAACGGCCGCGUCUCCUCCGGGCUGCCGGUGAUAAGACUCCAACAUGCCGAAGGAGGCGGAUCAGCGCGAGGGUGGAGGAGACAAGGAGGCGAAGGACGAGAGGAGGCAGGAAGCUUCUGAGGAGACGGUGAGGAAGAGGGUUCGGGCGAACACUCCGAGUCCCCACAGAGGAAACACCCCACAAGCCAGCCCGCCAAGGUUUGUGUCCGUGGAGGAGCUGAUGGAGACGGCCAAAGGAGUCACCAACAUGGCGCUAGCUCAUGAAAUCAUGGUCAACCAGGCGUUCCAGGUCAAGCCCACAGAGCUCCCUGAAGGAAGCUUGGAGCGCAGGGUGAAGGAGAUCAUGCACAAAGCAUUCUGGGAUUGUUUGGAGGCUCAGCUGAAGGAGGAGCCGCCGUCGUACGACCACGCCAUCAAACUCCUGGCUGAGAUCAAAGAGGUGAGUGUCGGCAUUCUUUACUUUGGUUUUGGUGGCGUGACGGUCGAUCGGAAAGGUCUGGGAUUGGUUCGUGUUGCAGCAUCCAUGCGACACUGCUAGCGUCGCGGCUACCAUCAAGACGAGCAACAACUUGAACAGGAGAAGAAGAAUCAGGAUGCUCAGUGUUUUCCUCAACGAACAUGAAGCUUUGCAUCAUGAUUUCAUCGCUGAGGUCAGACUGUCGAUGAAGAGUUCUGAGCAAUUUGUGAACAGCGUUAUCAAUCAAUAACUGAGUAAUGAUCAUAGCUGACAUACCCUGACAGAGCUGUUUGAGUCCAUCAUCCAGUCAGCUGGACGGACGCUGUCCUCCAGCUCAUCGUAGAUGUGUCAUGAACCGCCACCGACGUCGUUGUCAUGGUGUCCGUUGCUAGCUAAACCCCCAUGAUGCUCUCUGCUGCCAACGUUCCCCUCUUUGGAAACAUACAACAGUCUUCUAUCUUAUGAAACAGUGAGACACUCCCCCUGGUGGAACAAGUGGGUAUUACAGCUGAUCUACAGUACAUUUCCUGACAUGUACGACCUUGUCAGUUAAAUUAUUGUCAAUCUGUGAAAUUAUUUACAAUCAUUAACAUCCUGAGUACGGAGGCAUCUGAGAGAGAACAUUUGGCACAAACAACCUGAACUGUGACACGAUGACGUUCGGAUCCUGUCCGUCGGGUCACAUCCUGGUGAGCACAUAGUUUUUUGGUCACAACAACAGAAUCGUCGAUCUCCACCCGUCCUACUGACGAGAUACGUCUCACCGUGACGUCUUCCUCUUCGACGAAGUCAAAUCCAAGUUGAAACAUUACCAUUUUGACCAAGAUAGGCGAUUCAGAGCAGCGGUUCAUGUGUUUACAUCAGUGGUUCUCAAACUUUAUGAGCCACGACCCCCAACAUAACGU